CGUCAUUUCCGCCGGGCGGCUCGUCGUGCUGGGGGCUCCAGUCCCGCGCGCCGGGCGAGCGAGCGGGCAAGUUGGCUGCGGCGCUGCGCCGGCGCCUCCUUCCUCUCCCCGCCCGCUGCGACCCUCGGCGGCUCGAGCCAUGAACUGAAGCUCGCGGGACGCACACCCGGGGCUGAGCGGCGGAGGAGGCUGCAGCAGCGGCCGCCGCCAGGGCUGGGACCGAGCCGACCCCGGGCGCUUCUCCCUCCCCCAGCCGUCGCCGCUCCCACCGCGGUCGCCUCCGACGCUCCAGCCUUGGGACCGCCACACAAAAGCCGCCCUCUCCGCGCCGCCCACCCCGGGAGGCUGCGGCCGGACAUCGACCCCACCUGAGGGCGCCUCGGACUGCGGACUUCGCUUUCUGUCCGAGCUCCGCGUCCCACGCGGCACCGACCCCGCCACCCAUGGCUCUGAUCAUGGAACCAGUGAGCAAAUGGUCCCCGAGUCAAGUAGUGGACUGGAUGAAAGGUCUUGAUGACUGUUUGCAGCAGUAUAUUAAGAACUUUGAGAGGGAGAAGAUCAGUGGAGAUCAACUGUUACGCAUCACACAUCAGGAACUAGAAGAUCUGGGAGUCAGCCGUAUUGGCCAUCAGGAGCUGAUCUUGGAGGCAGUUGACCUUCUGUGUGCACUGAAUUAUGGCUUAGAAACAGAAAAUCUAAAAACCCUUUCUCACAAGUUGAAUGCAUCCGCCAAAAAUCUACAGAACUUCAUAACAGGAAGGAGAAGGAGUGGUCAUUAUGAUGGAAGGACCAGCAGAAAAUUGCCAAAUGACUUUCUGACCUCAGUUGUGGAUCUGAUUGGAGCAGCCAAGAGUCUCCUUGCUUGGUUGGACAGGUCACCAUUCGCUGCUGUGACAGACUAUUCAGUCACAAGAAAUAACGUCAUACAACUCUGCUUGGAACUAACAACAAUUGUGCAGCAGGAUUGCACUGUAUAUGAAACUGAGAAUAAAAUUCUUCACGUGUGUAAAACUCUUUCUGGAGUCUGUGACCACAUCAUAUCCCUGUCAUCAGAUCCUCUGGUUUCACAGUCUGCUCACCUAGAAGUGAUUCAGCUGGCAAAUAUUAAGCCAAGUGAAGGGCUGGGUAUGUAUAUUAAAUCCACAUAUGAUGGCCUCCAUGUAAUUACUGGAACCACAGAAAACUCACCUGCAGAUCGAUGCAAGAAAAUCCACGCUGGUGAUGAAGUGAUUCAAGUUAAUCAUCAGACUGUGGUGGGGUGGCAGUUGAAAAAUUUGGUGAAUGCACUACGAGAGGACCCGAGUGGUGUUAUCUUAACUUUGAAAAAGCGACCUCAGAGCAUGCUUACCUCAGCACCAGCUUUACUGAAAAAUAUGAGAUGGAAGCCCCUUGCUCUGCAGCCUCUUAUACCUAGAAGUCCCACAAGCAGCGUUGCCACGCCCUCCAGCACCAUCAGUACACCCACCAAAAGAGACAGUUCUGCCCUCCAGGAUCUCUACAUUCCCCCUCCUCCUGCAGAACCAUAUAUUCCCAGGGAUGAAAAGGGAAACCUUCCUUGUGAAGACCUCAGAGGACAUAUGGUGGGCAAGCCAGUUCAUAAGGGAUCUGAAUCCCCAAACUCAUUUCUGGAUCAGGAAUACCGAAAGAGAUUUAACAUUGUGGAAGAAGAUACUGUCUUGUAUUGCUAUGAAUAUGAAAAGGGAAGAUCAAGUAGUCAAGGAAGACGAGAAAGCACACCAACCUAUGGCAAGCUACGACCUAUAUCUAUGCCAGUCGAAUAUAAUUGGGUGGGGGACUAUGAAGAUCCAAAUAAGAUGAAGAGAGAUAGUAGAAGAGAAAACUCUCUUCUUCGAUAUAUGAGCAAUGAAAAAAUUGCUCAAGAAGAAUACAUGUUUCAGAGAAACAGCAAAAAAGACACAGGGAAGAAGUCAAAAAAGAAGGGUGAUAAGAGUAAUAGCCCAACUCACUACUCGUUGCUACCUAGUUUGCAAAUGGAUGCGUUGAGACAAGACAUCAUGGGCACACCAGUGCCAGAAACCACACUGUAUCAUACAUUUCAACAGUCCUCUCUGCAGCACAAAUCAAAGAAGAAAAACAAAGGAGCUAUCGCAGGCAAGAGCAAAAGACGAAUUUCUUGCAAGGAUCUUGGCCGUGGUGACUGUGAGGGAUGGCUUUGGAAAAAGAAAGAUGCAAAGAGCUAUUUUUCACAGAAAUGGAAGAAGUACUGGUUUGUCCUAAAGGAUGCAUCCCUAUACUGGUAUAUUAAUGAAGAGGAUGAAAAAGCAGAAGGAUUCAUCAGUCUGCCUGAAUUUAAAAUUGAUAGAGCCAGUGAAUGCCGCAAGAAAUAUGCAUUCAAAGCCUGCCAUCCUAAAAUCAAAAGCUUUUAUUUUGCUGCUGAACAUCUUGAUGACAUGAACAGGUGGCUUAACAGAAUUAACAUGCUGACUGCAGGAUAUGCAGAGCGCGAGAGGAUUAAACAAGAACAAGAUUACUGGAGUGAGAGUGACAAAGAAGAAGCAGAUACUCCAUCAACACCAAAACAAGACAGCCCUCCACCCCCCUAUGAUACAUACCCACGGCCUCCCUCUAUGAGUUGUGCCAGUCCUUAUGUGGAAGCAAAGCACAGCCGGCUGUCCUCCACAGAGACCUCUCAGUCUCAGUCAUCACAUGAGGAGUUUCGCCAGGAAGUUACUGGGAGCAGUGUGGUGUCCCCCAUUCGCAAGACCGCCAGUCAGCGCCGCUCCUGGCAGGAUUUAAUCGAGACCCCGCUGACAAGUUCGGGCUUACACUAUCUUCAGACUCUGCCUCUGGAAGAUUCGGUCUUCUCUGACUCGGCAGCCAUCUCCCCUGAGCACAGGCGGCAGUCCACUCUUCCCACUCAGAAGUGCCACCUUCAGGAUCACUACGGCCCAUACCCUUUAGCUGAGAGUGAGAGGAUGCAAGUGUUAAAUGGCAACGGGGGCAAGCCACGAAGUUUCACUCUGCCUCGAGAUAGCGGCUUCAACCACUGCUGUCUGAAUGCACCAGUUAGUGCCUGUGACCCACAAGAUGACAUACAGCCACCAGAGGUGGAGGAGGAGGAGGAAGAGGAGGAAGGGGAGGCAGCAGGGGAAAACCUAGGAGAGAAAAGUGAAAAUCAGGAAGAAAAGUUAGGAGACUCCUUGCAAGAUUUGUAUAGGGCACUGGAGGAAGCCAGUCUGUCACCCAUAGGGGAACACCGCAUUUCAACCAAGAUGGAAUACAAGCUAUCAUUUAUGAAAAGAUGUAAUGAUCCUGUGAUGAAUGAAAAACUGCACAGGCUGAGAAUUCUUAGAAGCACUUUAAAGGCCAGAGAAGGGGAAGUAGCCAUUAUUGAUAAAGUUCUAGACAAUCCAGACUUGACAUCUAAAGAAUUCCAACAAUGGAAGCAGAUGUACCUCGACCUUUUCUUGGAUAUCUGUCAAAACACCACCUCAAAUGACCCACUAAGUAUUUCUUCUGAAGUAGAUGUUAUCACUUCCUCUCUAACACAUACUCAUUCAUACAUUGAAACCCAUGUGUAAGUGCAUUCUGACUCAAGGCCAUCUAGUACCUGCUGGUACCCUGAACAAGUAUAUGAGGUAGUUUUUUAUCAAUGUGUUGGACACUUGACAAGCUAUUACUUUAAUGUUACCAAACUAUAUGAAACAAAGCAUACAUGGUCACAUUACCACUGUCUUUAAAGAGCAUUUGUAUGUUUUAUAUGCAGUCAGUGCUCAGCUUAUGUUUACCAUGUGCAAAGCCAACAAUCUUUAAUGACAAAUUAACUUUUGCAAACAAUUCUGAAUACAGGUGAUCUUCAAGUAGAAAAACCACAAAAAGGCAGUUUUCUAUCUGAAGUCAUCUUUUCUCCCUUUAAGUUAAUUUUCUAUAAAUGAGACUUCAGACGUAAAUCACAAUUUUUUCAGGUGCAGACAUCCUUGUGGGUGGGAAAGAAUUUAAACCUUUUUAUAUUUAUUAAAAUGUUCUAAGAAUUUUCUUAAACAUUGCACAAAGUUUAAUGCUGUAGUUUUAUUUUUUGAAAUGUAGGUGCGUAUAAAAGAGUUAAGCAAACUAGAAGAGCAUCACCAUAAGAAAAGUUCAGGUAGCUCAUAUCCGUCUUAAUAGUCUAUUAACUUGUGCUAACUAGUUAAUGGAGGUACUAUUCCAAAUCUAUGAGAACACUGCAUGGUGUAUCAGGGCAAAGCUUUGUAAGAUGUUUUUGUAACUAAGAUCAAAAUUGAAGAUAGAGCUGCUUUAUUUUCUUGGUUUAAAUCUUCCUUUAUUUUUGUAGUGACGAAAUGCUGAUUGUGUACAGAAGAAUUUAAGAAUGGAUUUUUUAAAACAGACUUAACUCACCCAGAAAGGCAGCUAACAGCUAUACAUACAUACAUCUAUAUAUAUAUACAUAAUUCCAGCCCAAACUCGUGGUUUUUGAACUCUUAACUCUUAAAAGACAAGGUAUACACUGAAAUGAGUCAAUUUUCCAGGCAGUUUCCAAUUUUCCCUUGAUCUGUUAACUAAACUUCUGUAAUUAUAUAUCAGGUAGGGAAGUAAAAUGCAUUUAGUCUUGGCAGAUAGAAGUUAUAUUAGAGAAAACAACAUUGAAAAUGUUAAUGGACUUCUCUGCUAAGGAACAGUGGGUGGCAGUCAUUCAAUGAGUCAUUACGUUGAGUGACCUGAGAUCAAAAACUUAGGUUUUUCCUAGAAUCCUGAACUGCUGAUAGAGUGAAUGGAGUCUAUGAAAAAAAGUCCUCUUCAUAUAUUGCCAUUUCUAUGUGUCUAGUUUUGGAAAGUGACCACAGCAUGCAAGUGACUUGCUGCUUUUUAGUGUGUGGCUGCAUAAUGUCACGAUUUGCUGUUUUUCCAGGAGGAAAAGAGCCUCCUUUACUAUUCUAUAUCCUAAAAUCUACUUCUGAUCAGCUUUAUCCUGUUGCCUGUACAGCUCAGUGAAUGUACUUAUAUCUCUAAGAGUUCAGAUAUAUACCAGUGAAUAUUUUUGCUGUAGAGGAGAAAGUAAAACUACACAGCGGGAUCUUUUGCUUUGCUUUUGAAAUCACAUUAAAUCACUAUCGUUUUGCAGACUUUGCACAACUGUAUAGGAGAGUGGCCUUUACAGCACAUUUUCAGUAAUCCUAUAUUUAGUCAAAAUGGAUGAGAAACCACACAUUAACACGUUUGUUUGGAAUUUUUGGGUCCAGUGUAAUAUUUUUAUCAUUUAAAAAAAACCCUAUUUGUAAAAACAUUUAUUUACUGCAUGGUUAUUGGCACACAUUAAAUUUGUGGGAUUUUGUGUAUGUAAAUGAGAGAGAGAAAAAACAAACAAAAAACCCCUCUUGUCCUAAAGUGAAGUAUGCUUGGUAUAGUUAUUUAGGCAUAUUGAUGUUUACUAGACCAGCCUGUAUCUUCUCUUAAAAGUAUCUGUACAUGAUGGAUGUGUCACAUAUACAGUGGACAAACAGCCUGCAAACAACAAUCAGUUGGUGGGAAAACUAGCUCUGUUGCUAGGCAGCAGCUUCCACUUUUGUGAAGUUAGCUGUUAUUUUACUGGUAAAAAUUAAACUAAUGAUUUUUACAAGACUCGUGACUAGCCUAGCAUGAAGGAGACCUUUGAACACUAUAUAUCUGUACAUUUUUAUUGCGUUAGUUUCAAAUCUAGGGGAGAGGCAGCACUGCAAACUGAAGUCAAAUAAAUGCAGUUCUUAUUGAAUCCUUGUAAAGCACCUACUUUAUUCAUGCAGAGGGCUUACCACGCUUCUCUGUGACAUAAUCAUACAGCCACCCUCACUCCCACCACCCAGCUACAAGUUCUUACUUUGCCACCUCACUGAUAGCUAAGGAAAGCCACAAGUAACACCUGUGCAGGGCUUACCGCGGUCUCCUGUGAGACUUUGAAAACCCAAGCUGUCUUCCCACUGACCUGAUAUAACCAUGUAAACUUCACCUACUCAUUCCUUCUCUGUGAGCCCAUCAGGGAUCCACCAAAAAUAAGCUCAUUUUUGUCUUACAAAUGUAGCAUUUUGUGGUUAAGGGUUGCUGAAAUAUGUCUAAACUAAUAAGCUGCCUCCAGCCAGUAUAAAAGCAGACGGGGAAAGGAAGGGACAGAAAAAAAAAUAACCAAGAGUAGUUUCUCAAAGAAAUGCUUUUCCAAGAUUUUUUUCCUUUUCAAUUCCCUAUCGAUAUGAAACUGUUAGAACAGAACUGUACUGGGGCCCCGCACCAUAAAAAUCAUUCCCCUCCCUACAACCAUUCCAUGCUGUUUAUCAAGGCGCAUGCACACACGCAUUCACAAUUUCGUCAGGUAACACUGCCUUGGGGGACUGUUCCAGCUGUUACAGCCAACUUUCUGUAGUUUGUGUGUAAUUGUACAUUUUUUAAAGGGGAGACAUGAAAAUAAUCACAGUCACCUGGGAAACACUUUAGGGAGGGAAAUAAGGUCCUAUUUUAUUUCCAAAAGUCCACCUCUAGCCCAGGAUGAGUCUGUCCUUCUGAAAACUCUGUUUAACUAAAGCUGAUUCAUACUGCAUUUGACCGUUCCUGGCUGCCAGUUGCAGUUGAAGGGGAAUAGUUAUUCUUUGGCCAAAGUGUUGUUUGCCUCCUUUCCCCUCAGAACUGCCCUAUCAGAGUCCCAACUCUUAGAGGGAAAGCUUUGCUCUGCAGGCAAGGGCAAGUACAACUGUCUCUUGGAUCUGCUGAAGAUGGGACUCACCUGUUCAACCCAGUACUAAAUCUAGUGCCUCUCCAGGCUCUCCCUCCCUUGUCUCCUCCCCACCUUCCUCCAGCUGCAGCACUGCACACCGAAGGCCACUCCACGCCCAGGGCAGCGUACAGCCUAUGUCUUCCCAACGGUCCAGGUCAAGGUCAUAGCCCACUACGUUACGGGUUGGCACCUGGCGUGAAUCCCUCCACUUGAGACCGCCCAGCAGCAGGACCGUCUCUUCUACCACUGCAAGCCCAUAGCAGAAGCGGUCGUAGGGUAGUGACCGCAACCGAGUCCACUGGUCUGUGCUGGGGUCAUAGCGUUCGAUCUCAGAGAAGGGCUCAUAUCUUCCCAAAAAGGCAAACACUGCACCUCGCAGCACCGAAAGGUAAUGCCCGUAGCGAGCGGUGCCCAUGGGUGCCCUUUUACUCCAUGCCCUUUCUCCGGGGCUAAGGGAGUACAUAUCCCGGAGGCUACUUGUGCCUCCUUCACCUCUCCCAGCCUUGCCCCCGGAGAUGUACACGACACCGUGGUCCCCAACGGCACCCGCGUGACCAUGCAGUGCCCGGGGCAGCUCCCCAGCUGCCAUCCAGCGGUCCCUUCGCAGGUCGUACAUCUCCACUGAGGCCAGUGCCUCGCCACAGGAGCCCAGACCCCCAACGGCCAGGAGACUGUCACCUACCACUCCACACCAGAAGUAGGCCCGCGCUUCUCGCAUGGCAGGCACUUCGGUCCAAGUGUGGAAGCGAGGGUCAUACCGGUGCACUAAGGCCGUGACCGACCUUGGGCCGUCUGCCAGGGAGCUAGAUGGGCUGCCAGAAAGGCUCUCCCCUCCAAGGACAAAUAGGAAGUUGCCCGUGGUACAUACACUGUGGCCUAGCAUCGGUGCCGGCAGCCGUGUCAGGCUGCGCCAGCUGUGGUUGUACACAUCGAAGGACACCACAUCCUGGGUGAGCUCCCACUCUUUCUCCUCCAUCUCUUCCUCCUCUUCCUCUUCCUCCUCUUCCUCUGGUUCAGGUGCAGGGCGCCGAUUCCUAACUACCUCUGGUAGGACCACAAUUUCCUCAGUGACAGUCUCCCUAGCUCUGAGACCACCAAUCAGCAAGAUGCGGGUCUGGGCACUCCGGAUACUAGUCUGUUCUCCCUGGAGGAGCGGCUGGCGGGAAGGUGCUGUGUGGUAAUUGAGGGCCUGGAUGAUGAGGCCCUUGAUCCUAGUAGGUAAAGUAAGACCUGAGCCUGAGUACACACGCCUCAGAACACCUUCAGGCACCAAGCCAAAGCGGAUACAUCCAAGCAGGGUUGAACUAUGUGCCAGGCGCUGGGUCGCAGGCUCCUGCCUCAGCCAGGCUAGUGCCAGACCCAGCAGCUGCGUCUCAGGCACCCGUGCCACAUCCGGGGCACCCAGCACAACCUUAAUUGAUACAGGGUUGAGCUCCAACAGCCCUGAGGGCCCAGUGCCCAUCAGUAGCAGCUCCCGCAGGUGGCGCACAAUGCAGUGCUCGGCUGCACCUAGGGUGCGAGCCAGGCCAAAGCGAGCAGCCACAUUGGCAAUGACGCAGCAAUUUUCUGGGGCAAGCUGACGUUCCAGGUAGUUGCCACACAGCCUCAAGGCCUCCGUGACUUGCAGGUAGCUGGCAGCCUCCAGAGUGUCCUCCACAGUGUCCAUGGAGAGGGGCAGCCAGGCAGUAUAGAUGAAGUCCAGCAGGCGCUGCAGGCCAGCCGCCGACGGCACAUGCAGGUGAAUUACAUGAGCCCGUGAUUCCUGAGUGUGACUCUUGAACAGGGCCUUGAAGUAGUCGCUGGAGCAUGCCAGAAGUGACCUGUGCGCUGGGAACUCACUGCCCUCAGUCUCCAGUGUCACAUCGCACAAAAAGCCCUCAGCACGUAGGGCCUGGUAGCCGGUGAGAAGAGAGCUGCCAUGAGCUUUGCAGUAAGACAGAAAGUAACUCAUGAUGCCCAGGGCGGGAAGCUGGAAUAGAGCCAGCCAGGCGCGGCUGGAGGCAUCCCCGUGCUGCGGACCCCUCACCUCCGCUGUCCAGCUGCAGAGCCCCCUAGCAAAAGCCGACUUUUGCCGGCUCAGUUUAAAACCUAGCCUUUCUUCAUCCAGAUCGGGCAGUUGUUUCUUGCCGGUCUCUGACAACGAAUGAAUGAUCUAGAGACAAUUUCCAUAAGUCUCUAGUAGCAGAGGAUGUGAAUUUCAGAGUCUUCUCGGUACUGCUAGGCUUGGUUUCAGCUGCUGCUGAGCAUGGCAGCACGUUGCCCAAAGCCCCCUCCCCUACACAAUUUGGGGAGCCCACACUUGCACGCCAGGGGCAGCGGUGGCCGCACACCAUCACCUGGAGAGGUCGAUCUGACAGUGCACCAGCCAGGGUCCUGGAUCUCCAACAGGACAAAUGCGUGGAUGUGGCCCUAUUGUGCGUGUCCUGAGAGUGCUGGAUGGUGGCUCUGAAUUCCCAGCCAUGGAGCAGGACCUGUUCUGUGGACACCCGCACAGUCCGAAGACAACUGGCUAGGGGGCUGGGGGUGAACUUGUUCCGAGAGGAGGAUCAAAUCAAAGCCUGUGGCAUUGGGGGGAGCGCAGGUCAGUGUAGAGGGUUGGGAGCGUGAUUGGGCGCUGCACAUUACAUGCCGGUAGCUCACAGAGACAGGAAUAGUGCUCGCCUUGGCUCACUGGCGCUCAGUGACCGGCCCCGCCCUGCGCCCCAGCUGCUGGCGGCUAACCGCCCAGGGGCCCAGCAGGAAGCUAUCUGAGCCAGGACACUGGCUUUCAGUUACCGCGGGAGACCGAAGGGUCCCCUCGAACUUUGAGCUGAGGAGGGGGAAGGUCAGGGCUCACGACAAGUCCCUUGGGACUCUCGGCCUGGUGAUGUUUUGGGAGGUGUACCUGGCUGAGCGGGAGGACUGGGGACCUCUUGGUGCCCCUAUGCCUGGGAAAGAAACUCCAGGCUCAACUUUCAGCUUUUAAGUAUGUCCUAAUGAGUCAGGAGCAAAAGGAAUUAAGCUGGGAUUUUGCGCACUGACACCUCUGCUCAGAGAAGACUGUAGCAAGAGCUAAAUCUGAGGGAACCCAAGCUCUGGGCCAGCUUCGCACGCCCCUCACCUGCACUCGCCCAUGUGAGACUCAGGGGCAUGUGCCUUUCCUAAGGCAGGUGGAGGCUCUCAAGCCGCCUUGUUUCACAUUCCACAGAAUUUGCUCCUCUCUUCACCCUGCCCCCCAGCCUUCUGACCCCAAAAGAGAUCUCUUUGAUAUUCUUGUGGAAACCACCUCUUUGCAACAUGGAGAAAGAAGUUGUAACUAACUUGAGUUGUCUGUCUUUGAGUGGCAAUGCCUCAAAAAAAAAUCCUUCUAGUUUUCUCUGAUUUUGCAGAGAAAACUAUUCUAACAACUGGCUGCCGCACCCUCAGUGCCAUGACAAGAUAAUGAGCAGUAAAGUUGCAAAACUCAGGAGAGCUGUGGUUUCUAGGGCCCCUCCUCACAAAGUUAUUUUUAUAAGGAACACCCGGUGCAGAAAUGGUGACUAAGAGUACCCUGUCCAUCGCCCGCAUCCUGCUCUUACAUUAGGAACUCAUUAAGUGCUCUUUCUUGCCAAUUUGGAGGCUUCUGUUUCAUUUUGCUUUCAACUACAGUUCCUUUUCCCAGCUUUCAAAAGCAGCCUGCCCGCCCCCACCCCACCCUACCCUCCAGCAGUCUGUUCUAGAUGAGUCUUUCAGACAGAGUUGUAUUUGUAGAAGAAAAAAAAAAUCCUAGGAAAGAUAACACUGUCAAUUCCUACUUGGCCAGUCAUCAGUACUUGCAAGGUCUCCGGUAACAUUCAAUUCUUUAAUUCCAUAAUAAGUAAAAAUUCUGUGGGGCUGAAGACAUGGCUCAGCACUUAAGAGCACUUGCUGCUCUUGCAGUGGUCAUGGGUCUGGUUCCCAGAACCCACACCGCGGCUCACAUCCAUUUUGUAGCUCCAGUUUCAAAGAAUCCAACCCCCUCUUCUGGCCUCUGUGCAGGCACAGAGGUGGUGCAAAGACAUACAUGCAGGCAAAAACACUCAUACAUCUAAAAGAAAGAUCAAUAAAUAUUUUAAGAAGUGAUUCUGCUGCCAAAGAUAGAAAUGAGUUGUAACUUAAAUUGCCACAUUAUAGAGUGUAGACAGGGGCUGGGGUUGUACUCCCUUAACUCUAAAAACUGCUCCAACAGAAAUCUCUAAUGUUAGAGGUAUAAAGGAUGCAGGGAGAGUGUUGCACCUAUUAAAAUGCUUGAUUCAAAAGGGAAAAAUAAACUGGGUGUGGUGUCGUGUGCCUUUAAUCCCAGCACUCAGGAGGAAGAGGCAGGCGGAUCUCUGAGUAUGAGGCCAGCCUGGUCUACAGAGCGAGUUCCAGGACAGCCAAUGCUUCACAGUGGAGACCCUGUCUCAAAGAAAGUUUUAAGUGAAAUAUGACUACUAUUCAUUUUACACAAUUCUUCAUUUGAAAUCUAAAUGUCCUUCACUCAACCUAAUUAAAUUUUGCUAGGAUAAAUUUGGAGGGUUAUUAAGCCAAACUUUGACCCUUUCCUCCAAAAUCACAUUUUCCUUUUAUACAUGCUCCAGAGGGAGUGUGUUUUGUAUGAAUGCCUUGAAUAUUGGGUUACAGAGUUUGGCCAAGAAUCCAGGGUUCCUUUCCUAGAAUAUAUUUUGUAACCUCAUACAUGAUGAAAACCAAAUCAUGCAACACACUUUACUUAAAAUUUAAAAAGAUUUGAGUAUGGUCUUUUGAACAGCACAUUGUUCAUACCUGUAUUAACUCACAUCCAUCAGAACUGCCCAUCACUGUGCAUUUGUAUUCAAGAUGUCACAUUACAAAAUAAAGAUGGCUGUGGAAAAAUUUGAAACUCUUAACAUCAAAAGAAUGUGUUUACUGAUGGCCCAAUCUAACAUGUUUUGCCAGUGAAGAUGUGAUGACAUGUGUUAACUGAAGGCUUUAUGUGUGCUUGUAAGACCUUGUUUAGAAAAUGUAACUGUCAACCCAAGAAAAUCAUUGUCAUUUGAGUAAUGGCUAUGUAGUGUCGGUAUUUUUAUUUCUGUGCAAUAUAAAGUAAUAUUAAAUAAAAUUUAGUCUCUCUGUAUUUAAAA